GCAAAUCCUGCACGUGUGCAUGGACACGUAGCAGAGAGCGGAUUCAUGGCGGGAGGACGAGAUCCUUGUUCUUCAAGGCUCGAGCUUUGCGACUGAGUCCCAUUCCUCCAUGAAAGCUGAGGUACGAGCCCUGACGACUGUGUCGUAUGACGCUGGAUGACGACAUGCAUACUCAUUCACUGAACGAGAACUCAGGAGUACCGAGUCUCGACAUACCUGCCGGCCGCCGAAUUCGCUUUUCAAUGCGAGGCGAUUUCGUGCGAACAUGAAAUGGCUUGCAGCAUAAGAUCGACCUGUUGAGGACGAAGCUGAAUCGCACGUGGUGAGUUUACGCAGUCGUGUGCUAAAGUCCUACUCUCUGUUCGUGAGAAGAAUCUAGAGUAGCGAGAGGGAGACUCUGCCACACCAUAGGUGGAGAUGUCCGCAUGCCAAUGUUGCUCUGAAGAAGCAAGCCGGCUUCUUGCCAACCGAGAAGCGGAGAGGCACGAGGUUCAUGUCGCAGGAGCAUUCUUGGUGUCUACUUUCUGAUCAGUGACGAUGGAUGAUGAAGCUCGAGUACUUUACAUGAGGAUUGAGGAAUGGAGAGCUAGUUCGUCGAACGAGGCCGGAGGGCUAUGCACGGUCGCCAUGCAGCCGGCGCUGAAGGACGAGCAUCACUGAACAGCAAGAGGGCAUGGUGGCGCCAGUCGGCGGGCCGACCGUGGCGAUGGCGGCAGGGUCUCGAAAAAGCGGACGGCCCGAUGAGGAACCGGAGAGGGCUCAAAAGCAGAAGACGAAGGUCGUGGUGGAAUUCUCUCUCGUCUUCAAACGAGGCUGCCGCGAGGAGCAGUCUCGUGGGCCGGCGGGAGCCAAGAUUCUUCACGAGACUUUGUUCAUCAAGACUCAGAAGCGUCUGGACGACGAGGGCAAUGUCCUCGACAGCCAGAUCGUCGAGGAGUCCUCCUGGAGCACUGCAGAGGUCGAGUAUCUGAUAAUGUUGAGGUCCAAAGGCGACUCUUUAUUCUGUCGAGCGCUGAAGGAGAAGAAAUUGGGCCUCGUGUGGCAGAAGGCCGCGCUCGGACUCUCGAGAGUAGCCCGGACCGAAAAAGACGCCAAGCAGUGCCAGUGGAUGUGGUACAUGCUCAUGAAGGAGUACAACAGCGUGCUGCAAGGUGCUCAGAAUACCGAUGGGUUCCCAUUCUUUGCUCAGAUGCAAGAGACCAGGAAGUACAGAACUCCCAUCGACAUUCCAGGCCGCAAUUAAAGAACGUCACCAUUUCAAGCUCUGCAUGUUAACUGCAGACGGGAGAGAUUCCAGGUGUACCUUCGAUGAUGACGACAUGUUUUUUUCUCGUCAGACAAUUUUGCAUUUGUAGGAAAUGUGAGCUGAACUUCAAACUCCCUCAUUAGACACGACGGGCAUCACCGUCUAGAUCAGCUCACAUCACGUGUUCGGUCACGGGACUCACAAUCGGGAACGAUAGAGAUAUGGAGUUUGACAACGAGCCCACAAGAAAGUGGAGAUCAAUUUUGCAUCCCUACGGGAUGAUCUUGUUACCGGAGAUGAGGUCAGAUUUUUCGUUGCUUGCUAUUACGAAUUUCAACGAUGUCAAGAAUGGAAAUGAUGAUACUUUCGAAAUGUGAUAAUUUCGGGGUGAAAUGUUUUUUUUCUACAUUUUACACAUGAGUUUUUCCAAUAAUGUAUUAUUUGGG